GCCAUUACUACAAGAAGAGAAGUGUGUGUAAAAAGAAAGUUCUCAUAUUUCAAAAUAAUAAAGAAGUUAAGAAAUGGAGAAAGAUGGACUCGAGCUUGAGAUAACGGAGCUGAGACUUGGACUUCCGGGGAGAGACGUGACGGAGAAGAUGAUGAAGAAGAGAGGUUUCACGGAGAUGAUCAUGACGUCUUCCGGAAGUAAUAGUGAACAAUGUGAGAGCGGCGUUGUUUCAUCUGGUGUUGACGUGGAGAAGGUUAAUGAAACGCCGGCGGUGAAAACUCAGGUGGUGGGGUGGCCGCCGGUUUGCUCUUACCGGAGGAAAAACAGCUGUAAGGAAGUUUCGACGACGAAAGUGGGGUUAGGGUAUGUGAAAGUUAGCAUGGAUGGUGUACCUUACUUGAGGAAGAUGGAUCUUGGUUCAAACCAAGGUUAUGAUGAUUUAGCCUUUGCUCUCGAUAAGCUCUUCGGUUUCCAUGGCAUUGGAGUGGCCUUGAAAGAUGGUGAUAACUGCGAAUACGUUACCAUAUACGAAGACAAAGAUGGAGAUUGGAUGCUCGCGGGAGAUGUACCUUGGGGAAUGUUCAUAGAAUCAUGCAGGAGGUUGAGGAUUAUGAAAAGAUCCGAGGCUACCGGAUUUGGGCUGCAGCCUAGAGGAGUAAACGAGUGAUAUGAUGGCUUGAACAAGAUGCAAGGGACUGGUUAAUUAAUUUAACCUUUAACUGGACCAAGAUCAUUUAGAACAUUUUCCCAACUCAUGUUAUAUGUAGUAUAUAUAUCUUAUACAGUGCCAUUCUGUAAGACAAUUUCAAGUUAUGGUUUGCAUAAUUAUCUUCAGAAAGACAGCUCUAUAUACUAUCCUUGUUUCUUGAUUGUUGUUAAGACAUUACUUUUUUUAAACUCACUGUUAUUUUGAUCAAUA